GAAAGCCCCAUUCUUCUUGGUACUAGAGAAAGCAAUGUUGGCAAAUUCGGUUUUAAAAUGGGGCCAGCUACAGCACGGAAGUCAAAUGUUGAUUGAAAGUUGAAGGGAUGAACGCGCUGUUGUCCUCUCAUCUCACACUGAAGCGGGCGUCUCUAUAUUUUCUACAGCUGAAAUGACUUACUAAACCUGGAGGCUUCUGAGCAAGAGAAAACGAAAAUACCCGGUAUGGCCUCAUCAUCAACACCUAAAUAUAAUUCAAACUCCUUGGAGAGUUCUUCAAGUAAAAGGACUCUAAAAGAUGGAACUAACUGGGAACAAAAUGAAGAAAUACCUCGUCUGCCAGGAGAGACUAGAGUCACAGACAAGGAUGUUAUUUAUAUGUGUCCAUUUAAUGGCCCCGUUAAAGGAAGAGUGUACAUCACAAACUACAGGCUGUACCUAAGAAGUGUGGAAAAUGAUCCAGUUGUGGUAUUGAAUGUUCCACUGGGCGUAAUUUCAAGGAUUGAAAAAAUGGGAGGAGCUUCAAGCAGAGGAGAGAACUCUUAUGGAUUAGAUAUAACCUGUAAAGAUAUGAGAAAUUUACGGUUUGCAUUAAAACAAGAAGGGCACAGUAGAAGAGAUAUAUUUGAAGUCCUCACAAAAUAUGCUUUUCCCCAGUCACAUAAUUUGCUUUUUUUUGCAUUUGCAAAUGAAGAAAAGUUUUCUGAAAAUGGAUGGAUGGUGUACAAUCCGAUGUCUGAAUACAGGAGACAAGGACUGCCUAAUGAACGGUGGCGAGUAACUUUUAUUAAUGAACAUUACGGACUGUGUGACACAUAUCCAUCGCUCUUAGUAGUGCCAUAUAAUGCAACAGAUGAUGAUCUCAAGAAAGUUGCUGCCUUUCGGUCCCGAAAUAGAAUCCCGGUUCUGUCAUGGAUUCAUCCAGAGACUCAAGCUGUUAUUAUGCGCUGCAGUCAACCCCUUGUUGGAAUGAGUGGCAAACGGAAUAAAGAUGAUGAAAGAUACCUUGAUAUCAUCAGGGAGGCUAAUGGGCAAAUAUCAAAACUGACCAUCUAUGAUGCUAGGCCCAAUGUCAAUGCAGUCGCAAACAAGGCGACUGGGGGAGGAUAUGAAGGUGAAGAUGCGUAUCCCAAUGCAGAACUUUUCUUCUUGGACAUCCAUAAUAUUCAUGUCAUGCGGGAAUCUUUGAAGAAGCUGAAGGACAUUGUUUAUCCUAAUGUGGAAGAAUCACACUGGUUGUCAAGUCUAGAGUCAACCCAUUGGUUAGAGCAUAUAAAGCUUGUCUUGACAGGAGCCAUUCAAGUGGCAGACAAGGUAUCCUCAGGAAGGAGCUCUGUGUUGGUUCACUGCAGCGAUGGCUGGGACCGGACAGCGCAGCUGACAUCGCUGGCCAUGUUGAUGCUAGACAGCUACUACAGAACAAUUGAAGGCUUUGAAGUUCUGGUACAAAAAGAGUGGAUAAGCUUUGGACACAAAUUUGCAUCGAGAAUAGGCCACGGUGAUAAAAAUCAUGCUGAUGCAGACAGAUCACCCAUAUUUCUCCAGUUUAUUGAUUGUGUGUGGCAGAUGUCUAAACAGUUUCCUACAGCCUUUGAAUUCAAUGAGCAGUUCUUGAUAACGAUCCUGGAUCACUUGUACAGCUGCCGGUUUGGUACUUUCUUGUAUAACAGCGAGUCUCUUAGAGAAAAAGAGAAAGUGACUGAGAAAACAUUAUCAUUAUGGUCUUUGAUAAACAGUGAAAAAUCUAAAUACACCAAUCCUUUUUAUACUAAAGAGCUAAAUCGAGCGCUCUAUCCAGUAGCCAGUAUGCGUCAUUUAGAGCUCUGGGUCAAUUACUACAUCAGGUGGAACCCAAGAAUUCGGCAACAACAGCCAAAUCCAGUGGAGCAGCGUUACAUGGAGCUCCUUGCAUUACGUGAUGAUUAUAUAAGGAGACUUGAAGAACUACAGCUCACAAAUAAUUCUAAGAUACCCAAUUCAUCAGCCUCAUCAGCAUCUCCCUCACAAAUGAUGUCCCAAGUACAAACACAUUUUUGAA